UUGUUAGUGUCAGGGAUUGGUUUUAAAAUGCAUUGCUUUACUAAAGCUAAGGGAAUAUUCUUGUGUUGACUCUGGUUUAGGCAUCCAUUUCCCUAGCUCCAGUGAACAUUUUCAAGGCAGGUGCAGAUGAAGAAAAGGCAGAAACAGCUCGGUUGUCAUCCUUUGUUGGUGCCAUUGCUAUUGGUGACCUGGUCAAGAGCACUCUGGGGCCUAAAGGCAUGGACAAGAUUCUUUUAAGUACAGGGAGAGACAGCACAGUAACGGUUACCAAUGAUGGUGCAACCAUCCUGAAAGCUAUUGGAGUUGACAACCCAGCUGCCAAGGUCUUGGUUGAUAUGUCAAAGGUUCAGGAUGAUGAAGUUGGUGAUGGAACUACGUCUGUCACAGUGUUGGCAGCUGAGUUACUGAGGGAGGCAGAAUUACUGAUUUCAAAGAAGAUUCAUCCCCAGACCAUCAUUGCAGGCUGGAGAGCAGCCACAAAAGCUUCACGAGAGGCACUUUUGAAAGCGGCUGUGGAUCAUGGUAAUGAUGAAGUGAAGUUCCGUGAAGACUUGAUGAACAUUGCGGGAACCACUCUUUCAUCAAAAUUACUUACUCAUCAUAAAGAUCACUUUGUGAAGCUAGCUGUAGAAGCUGUUCUUAGGUUGAAAGGUUCUGGUAAUUUGGAGGCUAUCCAUGUCAUUAAGAAACUUGGUGGAAGUUUGGCUGAUUCCUACUUAGAUGAAGGCUUUUUACUCGACAAGAAGAUCGGUGUAAAUCAGCCAAAAAGAAUUGAAAAUGCCAAGAUUCUUAUUGCAAAUACUGGUAUGGAUACAGACAAGAUUAAGAUUUUUGGCUCUCGCGUUAGAGUGGACUCUACAGCAAAGGUUGCAGAAAUAGAACAGGCAGAAAAAGAAAAAAUGAAGGAGAAGGUAGACCGUAUUCUUAAGCAUGGAAUAAACUGCUUUAUUAACAGGCAGUUGAUCUACAACUACCCUGAACAGCUCUUCGGAGCUGCUGGCGUCAUGGCUAUUGAACACGCAGACUUUGCUGGUGUAGAGCGCCUGGCUCUUGUUACAGGUGGCGAAAUUGCAUCAACCUUUGAUCACCCUGAGCUAGUAAAACUAGGAAGCUGCAAGCUUAUUGAAGAGGUCAUGAUUGGAGAAGAUAAACUCAUUCAUUUCUCUGGAGUGGCAAUGGGUGAAGCUUGCACCAUAGUUCUGCGUGGAGCAACGCAGCAGAUUCUGGAUGAAGCGGAGAGGUCUUUGCAUGAUGCUCUCUGUGUUCUUGCUCAGACUGUGAAGGACACUAGAACUGUGUACGGUGGAGGCUGUUCAGAGAUGCUGAUGGCUAACGCGGUUGCAGAGCUUGCCAUCAGAACACCUGGCAAAGAGUCUGUUGCAAUGGAGUCCUUUGCUAAGGCUUUACGAAUGAUCCCAACUAUAAUAGCUGAUAACGCUGGCUAUGACAGUGCAGAUUUGGUUGCUCAGCUCAGAGCUGCUCACAGUGAGGGGAAGACAACUUACGGACUUGAUAUGAAAGAGGGUACCAUUGGAGACAUGGCAGUCUUGGGAGUGACGGAAAGUUUCCAAGUCAAGAGGCAAGUUUUGCUGAGCGCAGCUGAAGCAGCAGAAAUGAUUCUUCGUGUAGACGACAUCAUUAAAGCGGCACCAAGAAAACGGGUACCAGACCAUCGCCCAUGUUAAAUUUUCU